CGACGACAGUCCACCCCAAUCAGAUGCUCUGUGCUUUAAUAGUACAAGGCCUUCCGUACAGAGCUGUCUGCCGCCGCCUAGCGAUCGCCAUCAUCUUCGUCACAAUCUCCCUAGGCGGCCAUGGGUCCUAAGCAAACGGAAUGUAUGUCGCAGCUAAAGCCCAAACGGACCAGGGCAAAGUUCCCCAAAGUCCGUACUGGCUGUCUAACAUGGUGCGUAACUAUUGUUCUGUUCCCUUGUGCGUGUCCGUAAUUGUGAAUGAGUCUAAUCCCGCACCUCACUAUAGCAAGAUUCGACAUAAGAAAUGCGACGAGGCAAAACCCAUCUGCCAGCGCUGCCGGGAUAAUGGCUACAAGUGCGAUGGCUACGAGCAGCCCCAAGAGCCUCGAUGCUACAAGAGAAAAACAAAUGCGAGGCCGAAGCCCAGACCGCAGACGAGACCGACAUCAGAAAUUAUACUUGCCUCAAAUCGUGGCCUAGAUAUGCUCAACUCGUUCGAUAACUUCGGGGUUUUGCACGCCAGCCCGCCAGAGAAGUCCCUGUUCCUUCAUGCCAAUCAAUAUACUAUCAAGGACCUCAUUGGGUACUCGACAUCCCUGUCCGGAUUCUGGCGAGACUUUGUUCUGCCCAUUGGCCAUGCGGUGAAUCCGGUCAAGCAUGCUCUGAUCUCCCUCGGUGCCUCGCACAAGUCAUUUCUGUUAAGACGUUCGCUCGGCAUGCCACCGAUAGAAACGCAAACCUACGAUCACCUCGCCAUCCAGCAAUACAAUAAAGCAAUAUCAGAACUCACCCCAAUCAUGAGCGACCCUUCUCCACUCGACAUCCAGGCCAUUCUCAUCUGCUGUUUGCUCUUUGUCUGCAUAGAUAAUCUCAACGGGCGACAUGUCGUUGCCUUACAACACCUCCGGGCUGGGGCUGAAGUUCUAAACUCGAUGCAGGACAGGGAUUCUACGUUGCUGGUCGAAGGAUCUAGCAUGUCUUCCCAGGUUACAAAGAUGAAAUACGACGAGAGCAGUCUGGGUGGUAUCUCAGACAUGUUUGAACGUCUCAGCCUCGACACCUCCAUCCUCAUGUGGGACCCACCCGUCCACCGCCAAAGAUCGCAUGCUCUCAGCGGUGGCGACGACGAGGGCCCGUUCCUGUCGUCGUCCGCUGCCCGUGACGAGCUACGAGGCAUCGACUUAGAGUUCCAUUCGAUCUGGGAGUCUGACAAGCACGAAGACAUGCGCGAUGGGCCGUGCGGACAAGCUUGUGGCAAGUCAUGCACGGACACAUCGGAUCAGGGCUAUCUUUUACGAACCCGACAUGCCCUUAUAUACCCUCCAAUCUCUAGGAAGCCCGAGUUCGAGGCGAUUUGUGAUAGGUUUGAAAAAUGGUGCAGCCGCUUCGACCAGUAUCUCGAGAGCAUCAAUCAUACCCCAGCCUCCGUGGAGGAGUUCAACGAGGCCAUGGUCCUGACGCUCCACCGCAAGGUGUGGGUGGCAAUGCUAAAGUCAGGUCCAUUCUGCGACUGCCCCCUGCCCCGGAAGUACUACGAGGAUAUACUGCACCAGGCCGAGAUCGUCAUUCCUGCUGCCAGCCGGGGCACACAUCCCAUGUUCACUUUCGAGGCGGACACCAUCCCUCCUGUAUCGUUUGUCGCUUCGUUUUGCGAGCACGAGGACCUCAGGAGGAGAGCAAUUGCGAUGCUGAGAUCGAUCAAUCGAACCGAAGGAGCAUGGGACAGCCAGAGAAUGGCUGAUAUUUGCGAGUUGGAACUCGCCACUGGGGUUUGCACCGGAAAGCCCUCACCGUCAAGGCACAUGGACUGCCAAGGGCUCUGUGCAAACCCAUGUGCAAGUAGUUGUCACGAGAAACACACCUUCAACUGUUAAUGGGUCUGUACUUUUUGUGUGUGGGUCCUAGGGUCCCAAUUCAAUGUGCACCUGUAUUAAAUUAGGAUACUCACAUAAAUACCUAGAUGACGAAAGUUAGGGCUUACGGAUAGUGGGCUACCUACCAGGGGAGGUGCAAAUGGAUUUUAUAGUACUAUCAUUUCAAAGUAAUGUUAGCCCUAAUCUAACCUAACCCCAAUCAUCUCUCCUCUCGCUCAUCGUUCUCUGCCUCCAUACCUAGGUAGUAUUUUGGCACCGGCACACCAUCAUGCCCAUUACCCGAGCUGCACUACGUCGGCUGCGUCUUACCCUUCCGCGGUCAUCAUGCGGCAUGAUGGCGCGACAGCUGCAAGCCACACACCUGCCCGCCAAAAGCGUUUACCGCGACCUUUUCCCAUGUACUCUUCAUUACUACUCCUGGCGCGGGCCGAAAAUGGCCAUGCACGCUACUACCAUUGAUAGCCUGACUUCAAGUCUAGAUUUAGACGCUACCGAGCGGGACAACCUUCUCCCCCAAGAUGUCUUCCGCAUUCAAGAGGAUGGGCUUGUCUAUCCCGGCCCUGACGGCAACGACCCUGUUUGGAAUGGCGCAAUGCUGAUGCCGCAUGCAACCUUCUUGUUAGAGAUCACAGAAAAUUAUCAUGAUUUCUAUGAGGAGCAGAAAGCGGCAGGUCGUGAUCUUCCAGAGCCAUGCCUUUUAACUGUACCGAACGGAUCACGGAUGCCCGAUACUCUUAUUCUGGCCCACGAACAUGCGUAAAUGUUCCAUCUUAUGCCCCGCAUAGGAAUGCCCCUCUCAAGUAUGAAACCCUUGAGUGCUUUUGAGGUUCCAUGAUGGCUAUGUUGACCUCGAUGAGCCUGUGUACUUGCGUUUUAGCCUGCCUGUCUUCACAAUUUCCCCACCCCCUCCCCCAGAUAGCAGCAAGUGGAAACUAUGGAACUUACGAGCACAUGCUGGUAAUACCUGCUAGCCAUGAGGAGUCGGCAGAGGACAAGAUCUGGAUUUUGAAAACCAGGGACACGAUGCUGGCAGCGAUACCCCUAGAUGAGGAAAUAAAGGCCAGCGGUUAAACAUGUGGCUCUUUUUACGUCGUUGACUGUUUCGACGUCUUGAUGUUUAACUCACAGUACGGCAGUGGAAAAUACCCCGACAAGCUGCAAUCGCUUCCCCAGAGGCAUCCGGAGAUGCCACACAAUAUGGAGCGGCAAGAUGAGGAUGUAAAUGUCCAGCACUGUGCCGAUGGCACUCUGUAUGGCUCCGCCGAAGGCAAAUGGGUGUGAGUUUGUCUGCAGGCUCUCCAGGAGCGAUUCCCAGCUGUGUCCAACCCGUGGCGCUGCGUAGAUGGCGGCAAGCGGGACGUUGGACAGGUACACCAGCAGUGUGACCAGGUGACCAACGUCGAUAGCGAGACGCAUGCGCUUUCCAAUGGCAAACAGCCGCUUGUAGAGCAAGAAUAUGGCUCCCUUGGAAAAUAAGAAGGCUGGAAAGAAGAGUAUCGUCUGCACAAACGGGAAGCGCAAGUACUCACCCGUGUACCAGCACACGGGAAUAUCCCACGUGUGGCGGUAGUAAUUGGGGUCUGCGUGCGAGGGCCGAGGGAAAAAAUCAUCAGUGAUACGCCAAAGCAGCAGGGUGGAACAGAAACGGACGAGUGCCACGUACGAGCUGCGAUCACGCCUGUGUACGCGAUAUUCGUCACGCAUGCCAUGAUUGUGAAGACUUGUGAUUGAGAGCCAGUUAGCGCCUGUCCUGUACCGAUGCAUCCUCAAAAAGAAGUCAAGAGAAUGGACAACGACUCACUAUCCGCUGCGUGUAGUCUGCUUCGGUUGAUGUACAGGCGGC